AUGUCCUCCAACAUAUCAAAGCUUAAUAAUCGCAAAAAAGAGGUCACAAAAUGCUCUAUAUUUGGCCAGAAUAGAAGUAAUUAUACAGCUGAACCUUCUUCAAUAGGUUGUGGUCAAAAUUCUAGCAGAGAAUCUUACCUUAUCACCAAAAAAGCAGUAGAUAAUUAUGAAAUGGAGGCUAAAACGGCUAAAGAGUCUGACAAUAAUCUUUCAAUUGCAAAAUCUAUAUGUCAUAUGCAGAUUCCUGAAUGUACUAUGCAGAAUGCUUCUAGAAAUAUAGACCAUCUUGAAGAAACGAAAGUAAAAUUUGUGAAAAACUUUUUAUUGCAGGAUCUAUCAAUUUCAUUGGUUUCUCAGGAAUCUCCAAAGUUUGAGUGUCAACCAUUGUCUAGUGAUAGGCAAUUCUACAGUCAGGGCGAAGUCAAGCCUAUCUCCAGUCCUGAAGUGAUCGAAGUUAGGUGUAGUUCUGAUGACCACGCAAGUUUGAGUCAUAGUUCUCUAAAUACCUGCCUUCAUUUUAAUACGGGAGAUGUGUUUCUCAGGCGAGAUGAAAUAGCAAAUACAAUAGAAAGUGCUCCCACUAAAGAAGACUUAACAGCGGAUUUAAUUGAUAAGUUUGAGGAGAGUAGUCAGAGUGGAGGGGGCCUUGAGCCUGAAUUAUGGAACUCUUUAGAUGCUAUUGUUGGACCUUCAAACGAAAACAAGAAAGCUUUAGUCAAACCAAAUGUAUCUGCAACAGUUUCUUUUGCUGAAAUCGUCGAUAAAACGUUGGCAAUAACUUCGGAAGAACCGAACCAAGGGGAGAUUCUUAUUAGCGAUAAUUUGACAUACGAACAGCGGCACUCAGGAGAUAAGGAAUUUUACCAAUCGAAUCAAGGUUUAAUGCAUGGAGCAAUUUCGAGAGUGCCAAUACAGCCGCUAAUCAAGUCCGACAGAAAUCAAACGAGUAAAGACUAUUGUUCUGAGAAGUUAAACUGUAAAGCUUCUGAUAAUAAUGCGAUCCAAGCUUCUGUAGAACCAUAUGAGACCGGCCAAGCCUCAAGUUCAUGGUCACAUCGGCGCUCAAUUAAGUCUUUCAAAGAAACUCCAGAUUUUCAUAAUAUGAAAACAGCCGCUAUGCUUUUUGCUGUAACUGUUGUCUAUAUUCUCACACUACUACCUGCCAUUACAAUGGCAUUAGGCCUAGUGAGAGUUCACUUGGUCAUUUUCUACAUGUACUACCUGAAUAAUGUUGUAAACCCGAUUAUUUAUGGCUUCAUGAAUCCUCGGUUUAGGGCAGAUGUUAAACAGCAAGUGAUGUGCAGACGACCUCCAAGUUAA